UGAAAGUUUUCCACUUUACUUUUGCUUUCUCUUCUAAAAAGAUCGUAUUCUCACAACGCCAGCUGCAAAAAAAAGAAAAAAAGAAAACUUGUGCUGUUAUAACAAGACCACGAGACAUACUACCAAGGGGGAUAUUAACUGGAAAAUUUAUUUACUUGUACUUAAUGACUUAUUUUAACUUCUCGUAGAUAGGUAGUACAACUGGCGGCUUUGUAUCUCAUAUAAGAGGCGUUCAGAUGUCGUGAUCAGGGUUUUCUGUUUUAUUGCAUUUUUUUAAAAUAAUACUUUAUAUAUAAUUUAGCCGUUCUUUUUUCAGUUGAAAUGGAGAAAAACUGCAAACACAUGCGCUUGAGAGAGUGGCUGAUCGCGCAGAUAGAGAGCGAGAAAUUUUUAGGGCUGAGCUGGGAAGAUCAGGAGAAGUCAAUGUUUAGGAUACCGUGGAAACAUGCGGCAAAGCAGGACUAUAAUCAGAACGAAGACGCUGCACUAUUUAAGGCCUGGGCCGUGUACAAAGGGAAGUAUCGUGAGGGGAAGGACGUAGCUGACCCGUCUGUCUGGAAGACUCGCUUGCGAUGCGCCCUCAACAAAAGCACGGAUUUCCGUGAGGUUCCCGAGCGCAGUCAGCUAGAUAUCUCCGAGCCAUACAAGGUGUACAAGAUCCAGCCGGAGGGCACCAGGAGCACGGAGUUUCCUGAAAUCAAUGUGAUCAGUCAGCCAGACGUGUCUCCACAUCCCAUGCUGAGUUUUGGAAAAGUGGAGAACGGAGAGCAGGCAAAGAGGCAGGCGUGCAGCAUUCAGCAACAGGCUGCGUCCUGCCCGACAGACAAGGCCGCCCCCGUAAGCUACGAGGGAAACACCACGGAGGAAUUUUGCUUAAUGACGACAUGCAGAGAGACAGAUUCUAAAGGCCUCAUCUCCAUGCUGCAUGUUGCCUUCCCAGAAGCUGUCCAGAUCACAGACUUCCGCCUGCAGGUGCGGCUGUUCUAUCAGGGCCACCUGGUGCAGGACUUCAGCACCAGCACACCGGAGGGCUGCCGCAUCCUUCACGGCCUGCUCCCGACGGAGAACGAGCACAUCUAUGGGCCAAGUGCAGUGGAGCCGGUCUGCUUCCCAUCUCCCACACAGACCUGCGCCUCCCCCACAGCGGCGGGGGCCAUGACGCGCCUCCUGCCCCACCUGCAGCGCGGCGUGCUGCUCUGGAUGGCUCACGACGGCAUGUUCGCCAAGAGGUUCUGUCAGGGCCGCGUGUACUGGGACGGGCCCCUGGCCCAGUGGCGUGACCGGCCCAACAAGCUGGAGCGCGAGAGGACCUGCAAGCUGCUGGACAUGGCUCUUCUUCUGAGAGAGCUGGAUAGGUUUUUUCGGGAAGGUGGUCCUAGGCCCUCUUACAAGGUUGACUUGUGUUUUGGGGAGGAAUUCCCAGAGGCGGACAAGAGCCCUGGCCAGAAGCUCAUCACAGCCCGAGUGGAGCCGCUGUUUGCCAAGAAGCUCCUGGCCAGCGUGCAGCAGCAGAGCUCAGGGGUGGAGGUGGACCUUGGUCUACGGGAGCUUAAGAGCUGCGUGGAUGGUAGCCUGCAGUGAAGCUGCUGACAUGGCAGCUUCCCCACCUGAUGAGUGCAGGUCCUAACAGCCUCAGAAACCUCACCUACUCAUCAUCCCACGUCCCCGAUGAAAAGUUGUUCCUAAAGUAUCAACUAAUUAAUGCCGACUUCUGUCACCUAGUCAAGUAUACAUCUUAUUGCAGCGCAUAAAACCACACUAUCACAGCACUUUGAGAGUAACUGUGAUGUGGUUUUCCAGCAUCAACUGGGCACAAAUAUAUCAUAUUUCCUACUUGUUCUGUUCAAUUCAGAGCUCGAGAGUUAUAGCUAAACCCUACCUGGGUUAUAGCUCGGCUACAGUAUCUCCAUUCAGUGUACACUUCUGAGUCUGCAGGGUAGUUUUAAUGUUUGAGGAGAAGAUCAAGAAAUUAUUCAUUUUAGUGGGAAAUGCAAGAUACUGUGAAUUUAUUUUAUAAUUACAUCAAUGUAAAUAUGAAUACAUUAGUACAAAUUAUUUUUAUACAAUGUGACAAUAUAAAUGAGUGUAAUAAUUAUGAAAUUUCGGCAUUAUAUAUAUUUUACCGAGCUUUGAUCUUUCAUGCAGAUGUCUUUCAGAUUUAGGAUUGCGGAAUCGUCACUUGAAAAAAUAACUAAUAAACAUUGUUAUCAACA